CGUAUCAGUAUUUAAAUUUAUCGCCUCGUUCUCGGGUUGUAUUAUUUAAACGAUAUGAGAAUAGAAAGCAGUCGAGUGAGCUUAAACCUAGUCACAUCCUCGAUGAGCGGUCACUGACCUUUUCCAAGUGAAAUGAAUUAAAAUAUAUAUGGAAAUUAAUAUUUUACUUUUUCGUAGUGUUAUUGUGUUGUGAAAAAAAAAUCUUCAAGAUGAAAUUAAAAAUAGACAAAGGUCUUUUGCCUAUAAAGAUCCAUUUUUUCUUUUUCUUCGCUGCCCUCGGUCCUUUGUUACCGCAAAUGAAUGUCUUCGGGCGACAACUGGGCGUUUCUCCGGCGGUCAUGGGGCUCGUAACGGCGGUUCUGCCCCUGCUGUGGGCGGUCGCUAAGCCCCUGUUCGGCUACGUUGUUGACUUUUGGCCGAGUAAAAGGAAGUUAGUAUUUAUAUUCUUAAUCAUAGUCAUGACAGGUUCGUAUUGUGGUCUUUGGUUUCUACCGAUGCCUGAGGAAAGCGACAAAUUGGAACCUCUCCUCGAAUCAGUGUAUAAAUUAAACGAAACAGUCUACGUCAAAACGUAUGACAACAACACGGACGCCAUCUUGGAGAAGUACACGUGUCAUUGGAACUGCACCACAGAUAAUAAUUUCCAAGUUUAUCUGUCAAAUUCGACGUUUAUAAAUACGAUGUAUACGGACACGAGGAAUAUAUCUUGCUCGCUCUUAGAUAUGAGUUUAGACGACGUGAGACAAGGAGAAUUGAUAUGUGUACCGAAAAAUGAUUGUAACCUCCUUUGUUAUGAAGAAUCAAUAGAAUUUAAUAAGAAUAAGAGUAAAAGAGAGGUCGGAAAUUCGAAAGCGAAUUCGGUAUCUGUGUUAGAGAAGGAUGGAAAUAUAAAAAUUCCUAAAACAAUCGAAUCGCAGGGUAGUUUUUAUAUGACAGUGACGUUUUGGGCGUUUGUUGUGUUAAUGUGUAUUGGGACUGUUGCGUUCAACGUUGCCAACUGUAUAGGGGAUGCUGUGUGCUUCGAUGUUUUGGGUCCGGAGCGCGGUUCGAAGUAUGGGGCACAAAGAGCGUGGGGCACAGCGGGCUACGGUAUCACGGCGCUUUUAGGGGGCUGGUUGGUUGACGCGAUGUCAGAUAAGCAUAAGGAUUUCACCCCGGCUUUCAUCAUAGCUAUAGUAGCUACUUUCAUCGAUUUGGGCGCUUGUAGAAGACUAAACCUACCAUCGUUAUCGAGUCCAGACGAUUCGGGGAAAGCUCUGAGGAAGGUGCUGAAGAUACCAAGGGUUUUGGUGUUCAUAACGUUUGCAGUGGUAGCCGGGACGUUCGACAGCUUCAUCAUUUAUUACAUGUUCUGGUUCCUCGAGGAGUUAGCCGAGGAGACGGGGACGGUAGCUAAGAUCAAGCUGAUUGAAGGCGUCGUGGUCGCAGCUCAGAGCUUCAUCGGGGAGCUGUUGUUCUUUUUCUUCUCUGGCAAAAUAAUCAAACGUUGGGGCUACGGGACGACGAUCACCUUCUGCCUGUUUUGCUACAGCGUGAGAUUGGCUCUCAUCUCAUUCAUCCAGCAUCCCUGGCAUCUCGUGUUUAUUGAGGGUAUAAUGCAAGGCCCGACGUACGCGUUAUGCUACUCCGCGAUAGUGGGGUACGCGGCGCACGUGGCGCCGGACGGGUACUCCGCCACCGUGCAGGGCAUCGUCGCCGGCAUGGACGACGGGCUCGGUUUCGCGCUCGGCUCCCUGGUGGGUGGGCAGCUCUACAACUAUUCCGGUGGAAGGGGAUCGUUCAGGGUGUUAUCCGGUUUCGCUUUAGCAGCCUCGGCUAUCCACGCACUGCUGUUCGCGCUCGUCACUAGAAAUGAUAAAGAACAAAAACAAAUAGAAAUACCAACGCCGGAAGUGGAAAAAAUGCUACCGCAAGAACAGAACUUUAACAACGCCAUCUAUCGAGACACGGUGGUACCACUAAACGACGGUAACCAUAAAAGCGAUGACAGGUAACGCAACUUAGUUCUUAGUUUAAUUUGAACUUUGUAUUAUUACAUUAAAAACGUAUGUCACGUUUUUUUUUUUUUAUCGAAUGAUAUUUUGUAUAGUAUUUGUAACUGAUUGUGUUGACAAAGAGGGUGCUGUUUUUGUAAAUGCCAUAUUGAAAAUGUGCUUUAUUGUACACGAGUAAUGUAAAAUGAGAAGUGCUAAGAUGGGACGUGAUAGGAUUUGUCUUCGAUGGAUCAAAAUUGCUAGAUUAUGGUGUUGUAUUGUUGUGUUUUAUAACAGACUUAUUCUAAGUUCAAAACCUUCUUGCUCAUCAGAUUACAGUUUAUAUUUUCAUGACCGGACUGUUAAUUUUUUCAUGAAUUGAUCAUAAAACUUUGAUUAUAUUUAAUUCGAUACGUUACGUAAUUAUUUGAUUAAAAAUGUAUUGAUAGAAUUUUAUUAAUUUGGUUUUUAUGUGGGUGGGGGGGGGGGGCGUUGUCGUCUAUUAAAAUUAGAUAGAUGAUAUCCGGUCGCGAUGAAAUUGCAUUCUUUAUUGACACGUUAUGAAACUUACGAUGUAACUGUAAAGAGGCGAAUAGUUUACGAUAUAAAUAUCAUACCAUAGACAAUAAAUACGUAAUUGAUUUAGUAACGAGUAAUAUUAUUAUUAUAAAUUGCAAUAAAUGUUAUAAUUUUGAAGUCAAUUUAAUUUCAAAUAGAAAAAAAAUUAGUAUUUUUUUAAUAGUUUCCACCAACUUCGUCUACGUGUAGGGGGGGCGUGUUUGAGUCAAGUGCAUCUGUGCCCCCGAUAAUGUGUACGUAGUUCGUGACGAUCAGUUGAGUGUCUAAGGCGUGAGUGUGUAACAAACGUGCACUUUAAUAAUCCAUACUGUUAUGUCUACCGUAUGUUUGUACGGUCGGUAUAUUAUAUACGUGACCGUCUGACAGACGUCGGGAACCUUCUCUCAGCGACCGGAUGUGUACAUAUAUUAUACAAGAACAAUAAGUAAAGUUACAGAUCAUAAUAAUAGAUGGCAGCACUGUCCAAGGAAAGACCCGUUUAAUUAUGUUUUUGUACGCAAUAAUUGUUUUUGAUAUUAAUUUAUAUUAUAUACGUUACUUAAAUUACUUUACAUAAUAAAUAUAUAAAAAUAUUUUUCCAUAAUAUUUCUAUAAGUCCAAACGUCAUACUGACGUAAUCAAAUGUCAUUAAAAGUUUUGGCGGGAAUUUUUAACGUUAAUAUGGUUUUCUAUGUGAUAUUCCAGUAGGUUUAAGAUAAACAAACCUUGAUUUACACAUUUCAUGCGAUUUUCUAAUAGCUCUGCUGUAUUAUGCAUUAAAAACAGUUCUUGAUUUUGUAUAUUUAAUGUUUCUUCUAAAGUUCCAAUGGAAUUCAAACGACGCCAUUUUGUCAUGAAUACCACAGAUUAUUUAGAUACAACUAUAAUUUAUAAAUCGUUUUUAACAUUUUAAAUAUAUUUAUAUUGAUGUGAACGUGAUAUUAUAAUAUUAAACGGGUUUUUUAUGUGAUAAAUAAAUAAUAAAUAAUAUGUGCUGAUUAAUAUUUUAUUAUGUUAAUUGUUGCAAUAAUAUGCACAUAAAUAUA